CAAUAAUAAAACUCAACACUAGCUACGGUUUGUAGUUAUCAUAUGUCUCGACCGAGAAGUCUUCAUUUUAAGCUUUCCUUAAAAGCUUAAUAGAUUGUCUCCUUAGUUUAUAUUGCCUCCAUCAUAACCUUUCAUAUAUAUGGAAAUGAUGAUCGAGUAUGCGAUGUUCAGGUAGAACUACUAUCAUAAACCAGCCAUAUAAUUUGAUAGAUAUGAGCUUCUCCCUUUUUGACCCUUCUUGUUUCAUUUUAUUAUAAUUUGAAUUCAAGAACAGGGUACUUCAUAAACGUCAAAAUAAGGCUUUAUACUACAAACAAAACGCUUGAGCCGUACGAAACUAUGUUCUCUGUGUCACAAGUAUUGGUACUGCUACUGAGUACAAGUAAACUCGUAUCGUAUGUAAUAGCGAAUGAACCCAUUGUUAUCGAAAAGGGUGAAUGUGAUUUAGCAACAGAUGAUAUCCGCUGUCGAUAUGCUUGUGGCCCCGAACAAUUGCAGCCUAUGUGUAUCACUGGAAGAUGUUACUGCACUAAUGUUGGGUUAGGUAGCUGUAGAACAGGCAACAAUAAUGAAGGCUGUAUCGCUGUUUGUCAAUUUAUGGGGAAAAACUCGAAUGGUUGUUCCGAGAAUGGUUGUGCCUGUGCUUAACUCACCAGGAAUAAUGGCUCUAACAAAAUAGUGUAGAAGUAUUAAUUUGGCAAUACUACUUUUAUUCUCUCUCAAUCUUACUCCCGUAUCUAACAGUUUGUCGUCAUAAAUAAUGCCGUACGAAAUCUCCUACUAAGCAAUCUCAUAAAAAUCUCUCCUUUACUUAUGCUCCGUAGACUGAACUCAUAAGCGUCCUGUCAAUUUACAGUAUAG